AUGAAGAUCAACGUACUCGGACUUCUUCCAGUUCUCCUUGGACUUAUAUCAAUUGUUCCUGCGGCACUUGCGUGGACCAACCCCAUCCGCAACCCCGGAGGCAGCGAUCCAUUCAUUGCAUACUCCGGGGGAUACUACUACCUCCUCACCACUGAGUGGACGGAUGUCCAGAUUUCACGGUCUACAACGGUAGAGGGUCUGAAAACUGCAACCAGCAAGGUCAUAUAUUCGGACACAACAUCGUCUCGAUGCUGUAAUGUCUGGGCGCCCGAGGUGCACUACCUCGGCGGGAGAUGGUACGUCUACUUUACAGCAGGCAAUGGGGAUAGCCUAGAUGGGCAGAGACUGCACGUUCUUGCAGGCGGCUCGAGUCCUUGGGAUGACUACUCCUACGCAGGCCAACUAACAACCGAGUGGUCGAUCGAUGCCUCCAUUCUGCGCUUCAACGACUGGGGCACAUUUCUCAUGUAUUCGUGCUUCCACGGGGUAUCAUAUCAGUCUAUCUGCCUACAGCAACUCGGAUCCGACUACACCUCCCUCACCGGCUCAAUCUCGGUAAUCUCACAGCCAACCCUCAGCUUCGAAACCCAUGGAACGCCAGUGAACGAAGGCCCAGUCGCCCUGUACUACAACGGCGUGACCUACAUCAUCUACUCUGCGUCCUACUGCUGGACUCCAUAUUACUGCCUCGGCCAGCUAACAUGGGACGGCGUCACGAACCCAAUGAGUGCGAGCGCGUGGAGCAAGUAUAACGGCUGUGUAUUUUCGAGUGCGAAUGGGAACUACGGCGCGGGGCAUAAUUCGUUCUUUCAGAGUCCCGAUGCAUCACAGACUUGGAUUGCGUAUCAUGCCACGAGUAAUAGUGCAGGUGCUUGUGAUGAUAGUCGGUAUACGAUGGUGCAGUUGGUGGGGACGCACAGCGAUGGAAGCCCUAAUCUGGGGGUGCCUGUGGAUUGGGCGCAUGCUUAUGGUGAACCGAGCGGGUGA